AUGCCAGUAGAAUUCGAAGUUAAGAAGACAAUAAGAGACAUCAUCGAGUCUCUUGGUCAAAAAGGAAAUAAUGAUGGAUUUGAAAUGCUGCAAGAACGCCUGAGGAACGUCCUGAAGAACAAAAGGUGUUUGUUCGUAAUGGACGAUGUGUGGGAAGUGAGGAGGGAGGAUUGGAUGGAACUGAGAGAUUUGUUAGGGGGCGUUUCCGAAGGGAGUAAAGUCAUCGUGAGUUCGCAGAAUAAAUCGAUCGCCGAAAUCAUGGGCACUGUCCCCCCGCUUUAUUUGGCCAACCUUUCGGAGGAGGAAUCUUUGACAAUGUUCGUGAGGUGCGCGUUUGAUCAAGGGCAAGAGAAGAAUCACCCGGACCUUAUGGUGAUGGCCAAGGAAAUCGUGAGCAAGUGCGGGGGAAAUCCUCUGGCGGUGAAGACUUUGGGAAGCUUGUUGUAUUCAAAGAAAAAGAACCGGAGCGACUGGGAACAGGUAAGAGAUAGUAAGAUGUGGCAAUUACCAGAUGACCCGUUGACUUCACUGAGAAUAAGCUACGAUCUAAUGCCGUCUUACUUGAAACGAUGUUUCGCUUAUUGCUCGAUACUCCCGAAGAGCCGCGAGUUCCUCAACUUGGAUCUGAUCCAACUGUGGAUCUCCAACGGGUUUAUCCAAUCCAGCGGAAAUAACCAGGAGCUGGAAGAGAUCGGACGGCACUACUUGGAGGAGCUGUGGUCGAGAUCCUUCUUCGAUGUUGUCAUCGAAGACUAUCCGUUUCUGACCUUCCGAGUGCACGACCUCAUUCACGAGCUUGCCAUUUCUGUGGCACAAACCGAAUCGUCCAACAUGAAAGUGCCCACGCAGGAUAUUUCCUCGAGGACUCGCCAUGUAUCAUUUCCGGACCCAUCUCUUCUACCAAAAGAUGAAGUAAGCGGCACCUUGAGCAAACUCAGCCGCGUUCGUACCAUCUUCUUGUCUGAGGACGGUUCCUCUGGGGAGUUCUUUCUGGAGAGUUCCAUUGGCGGUCUAAAGCAUUUGAGGCUUCUUAGUGUAUGGGGCAACAUUAAUAUUAAGAAACUCCCCGAGUCGAUCUGCGAGCUUUGCAAUCUGCAGUGCUUAGACCUUCUCUGGUGCUGGGAACUCGAGGAAUUGCCUGCAGACAUGAAGAACAUGAUCAGCCUCCGCAUUUUGUGGAUAACCACGAAACAGCAGCGUCUCCCAGAGAAUGGAAUAGGAUGCUUGACCUCUCUGCGGUGGCUCUUCAUUGGAGGGUGCGAGAAUUUGGAGGCCUUGUUCGAUGGUAUCCAAUCGCUCACGUCGCUCCGUAAGUUGUUCAUUGGAGGUUGUCCGAAGUUGGCCUCCUUACCACAAGGCAUCAAGAAUCUGAAGGCAUUGGAGGAUCUCUGCAUUGGCCACUGCGAGAGCUUGAGGCUGCCAGAAGGCGAAAGUAACGAGGCAAGCUCCAUGUCGAGGCUUCAAUCCAUCAGAUUCAAGGGAUUACCGGAACUAGUUUCUUUCCCCGGGUGGCUCGAAGGUUCUGCAAGUACGCUGGAGAGGAUAAGAAUUGAGGAUUGUCCCAAAUUGAGUGAAUUGCCCGAGUGGCUGCAAAAUUGUUCUUCUCUGAGAAAACUGGAGAUUAAGAGAUGUCCUGGGUUGACCUCUUUACCAGAUGGCGUUCGCCGCAUUGCCACGUUGACAGAGCUGCGGAUAAUUGAUUGCGCGGGAAUUGAGCAGGGGCGGCGACGUUGA